UCAGUACGACUCUAGUCGCUUUGCCGCUUGGAUCGAGCGCGUGUGAAGCGCCGACCACACGGAGAGGGCGAGAGAGGGAACUCGAAACAGCUGAGCGGCAACUCCAGACAUCCCAGACAUGUGGACCGAGUGAAUGCAGUGUUUCAGUGACAUAAUAUUUGUGCAGAAAAAACGAGAAAACGUGAAUUUUGACAGCACUUUUAACAAUGGAUACCAAAACUACGAUUCCUGGUCAAGAGUGGCACAUCCCGCGACCCUCUUUGUCCACAUGCAGCACAGGCAGUGUGGACGCAAGAUCUCGUGGCGGGUCCGCAUCUAGUCAGGGCUCUUCCAGUAAUCAUAGCACGCAUAGUGCAUCAUCGGGUUCACUAUUACUCAGCGCUGCAAACUUGGCACGAAUGAACAACAAAGGCACUGUUGAAACCGAAUACACCGCGUAUCCAAAACCGAUUGGAUACGGUCGUAAGCCGACCAUGACGAGCACUGUAAUGUCAAUUCCAGAAGAAUCUCGAGAGGUGGCUGACAAAUUCUGGAGUGACGUCAAACGUGGUUCCGUUUCGAGUCACGACGCCACUUCGGUGGCCAGCUCCACCCAUUUCACGGUGGUGAAUGGGUUCACGAAGCAACGCACCGAAAAAGAACCUAAGACUUGUUGUUGCAAUCAUUCCCACCAGAUAACUGUAUUGGUCAUCUCCAUGACCAUACUGCUCUCAGCUUGCAUACUAGCGGCUAUUUGCUUCGUUGAAAUGCGAAUGCGCAAGGAGACGGGCGUCUAUAAGUAUUCUUAAUUUUUCUAAGGAAUUCUCACGGCUAUGGAAUAUUUUUCUAUAAUAGCAAAGAAUUAGGAAUAAAAAAUUGCUAAUUUCAAUAAAUAGGACCCAGUUAAUACUUAUAGACAAAAACAUAAAUAAAUGUCGAUGUAUACUAUACGCACAAAAUAAUACAAUUCUGCAUCCGAUGACGUAAAACAGACGUGCUCCUAUGGUGUGCAAAAAAAA